GGCGGCGCCGUCACGUCGUGACGAUUCUUUCUUCUCUGUCGCCGUUUCCUCCUGGUCACCACUCACCAAGAUGGGGGCAUGCAUGACGUUGUCUACGUGCUCACCGGAGGCGGCUGAAGGCACCCAUGUGUUCGACAUCUUGGGUUACAGCAAGCACAGGGGCAUGGGGCAAGACCCCGGUAGCUACAUACAAUCAGGGGUUUUCGCAGUCGGCGGCCACGACUGGGCGAUCCGCUUCUAUCCUGAUGGGUAUAAAAGAGAGAAUCAAGAUUACAUCGCAGUUUUUCUCGAGCUUAUGAGCAAGAGCAAUAAAGUCCGCGCCUCUUGUGACCUGAGGCUGGUCGACCAGUGCACCGGGUUACGGUCUUCGGUGAUUAAAACAGGGCCUAGGAUUUUCAAUUCCGACGAUUCUAGUCGGUAUGCUCCGGGGACUGCUCAGUUCAAAAAGCGAAGCGAGAUCGAGGGAUCCGCAUACCUUAAGGAUGAUCGCCUGAUGAUUGAAUGCAUUGUCACUAUUUUCGAGAAACCACGUGUUACCAAAACCACCGAAGCCAAAUCGCCGCCCAAAAUUGACAAACCACCAUCUGACAUGGCUAAGCAUGUCGGCAAGCUGCUGGAAGAAAAGGAGGGAUUGGAUGUCAGUUUCAUUGUUGGAGGUGAGACCAUUGAAGCACAUAGGCUCAUUCUCGCUAUGCGGUCGCCUGUUCUUAAAGCGGAGCUUUACGGGCCAAUGAGGGAGGCGAGGGUGGGACAGUCCAUUACCAUCAAGGACAUGCAGCCUUCCAUCUUCAAGGCCCUGCUCCAUUUCAUCUAUACCGAUUCAUUGCCUGGCCGUAGGGACUUAGAGGGAGAAGAGAAUACUAAGAUGAUCCGGCUUUUACUGGUGGCUGCGGACAGAUAUGCCAUGGAGAGGCUCAAGAUGGUUUGCCAAAGCAUCCUUUGCGAGGAUCUGAAUGUGAAUACCGUGGCAACCACAUUGGCUUUAGCUGACCAAUAUAACUGUGAUAAGCUUAAGGAUGCUUGCCUUGAAUUUAUCAAAACAUCAGAUGAUAAUGCUAUGGACGCCGUGGUGGCAACCCAAGGCUUCAAAGAUCUCAAAGUUGGAAAAGCUGUGCUGAAUCCUAUUUCCUCUUUCGGUAAUAACGAGAAAGUGAGCCUCGUUAAAAAUGAGGUGAAUAGUGUUGUUGCUGUCAAGUUCCUCGGUUUUAAGUCCCAAGUUGCGUGUACAAGUACAAUAUCAAUUGCGUCCACUUUGGUCUUUGGGAAGUUCAGGUUGUUAAAACACACAGAGAAAGGAUACACGCCACCUGAUGCCGUGAUGCGUCCACAACGACUCACUGAUCGCUAUGAGGUUGGAGUAACUCCAGUAGAAUCGUCAAAAUCAGUCAAUCUCCAAAAUAAUUGCUACUAUUAUGGUGCAUAG